AGGCCGCUCCUCCGUGGGCGCUCUGGCUGACUCCCGGGACCGCCCGUCCCGCCCAGCCCCCGCGCCUCGCCGGAGUUGGCCUCCCCGGGGACUGCACGCAGCCUUCCCGGCUGGCCCACGGGAGCUUGGCUGCACAGAGGCCCGAGUCCGGCCAGCCAGGACUGGAUCCUGGGAGCCGCGGAGGGGCGGCCACCGCAGCGGAGAAGUUUCCCAGCUCCCUGGCCUGAGUGUUGCCAUGACACUCCAACCCCUUCUCCAAGAGAUGCAGUCCCUGGGAGCACUGCUAGCCGGCAGAGCCAUGCUUCACAACUCCAGCCACAGGGAAGGCAUGGUCCAUGUGGACAAGACGCAGAGGGUGCCGGACAGGGACAGGGAAGGGGUAUGGGUAGGGGGAGCUCUGGCCCCCAAUACCUCCUCCCCAUUUCCCCCUGAGCCUCCAGGGGCCUCAGGCAGCAUUAUCCCCGUCUACUGUGCCCUCCUGGCCACCGUGGUCCUUGGUCUGCUCGCCUACGUGGCCUUCAAGUGCUGGCGCUCACGUAAACAAAGACAGCAGCUGGCCAAAGCUCGGACCGCAGAGCUGGGGGCCCUCGACAGGGACCAGAGGCAUGGGGACAGCACUGCCUUCCGGGACAAUCCCAGCGGCCAGGAGCCCUGUGCCCCCAGCCAGGGGCCACAUCCUGAACCUGGCUGCCGGCUCUACCUUCAUCUCCCUCGGCAGCAGCAAGAGGAGGUGGAGCGGCUCCUGGAAGCGUCAGGCCAACCUGACGAGGGCUGGCAGGGCCUGGCAGGCCGCCUGGGCUACCAGGCUGACGCUGUGGAGAUCAUGGCCCGGGGCCAGGGGCCAGCCUCCGCCCUGCUGCGGGACUGGGCUGUCAAAGAAGGCAGUGGUGCCACCCUCAGGGUGCUGGAGGACGCCCUGGCUUCCCUGGGCCGUGACGAUGUGGUCCGGGUUCUGGGCCCCCCAGCUGAGGGCUGCUCUGUGGUGUGAGUGAGGCCACCACAGCCCGGCCUCUCGGGGAACCUGCUUUGGUGCCUUCCCCUGUCCCGCACGCAAAUACGCUUUCCCUUUCGUGAGCUUUCCGGCAUCGGUGGCCUCCGCCUGCUCCGUUCGGAGGGAACACAGAAGAUCCAGCCGCCGCUCACCUACCCUCGCCCUACCUUCCUCCAGGACAGGGACCAGGACGUGGGGGGGACUGAGCAGCAAGGAGUGGCCCUGCCCUCCUCCUCCCCGCUCCACCUCCCCUUAUUUAGCCUCAACUGGUUUUUCUACUUUUGUAUCUCCUAUUAAAGGCCACU